UUAAAUUUGUCUGAUGUCUGCUACAUUCACACCAUAAUUUUUUUUACCAUUCUCACGAUUUAAAAUUACGCGCGUAAAUUGUGUCAGUUAUAGAGCGCGCCAAUGUAAUACAUGUGUGAACUGUACAUGUGUGUGUCUAUUACAGUUGUCUCCAAGUCGUUCUAGUCGCAGGAGGUCAAUCUGUUCAUGUCGUACAUGAUUUUUCUGUUGGAGUAAAAAAAAUAGUCAUGUAUAUUUAAAAUAAAUUUAAAAUACUAAAUUAUUUUUUAAAUUAAAACUUAUAUUUUUUUUUACAUAAAAAAUAUCAACAUCAGUUUAUUAAAACAACGUAAACACAAUACAUGGUAGCAAAAAGUGAAUUAUUUGUGUUAACAAAUAGUAUUUGCUAACAAAACUGUCGGGUUUGUUUAUUAAUAAAUAUUAAAAGUAAAUUUAUUAAAUAUAAAUGUAAUUAUUUUUAUGGAUAAGUUAAUUAAGUUUUAUAUACUUUGAGUAAAUCUACAAUGCAUAGUGAAAAUUGUCCAUCAGUAAGUUUUAAUGACGAUUCCGAAGUUCCUUCGGUUCAUUCAACAAUAAAUCUCUCUACGUUAGAAGAAGAUAUUGCCAUAAGUUCAUCAACUCUUGAUACAAGAGAUAAAACAAGUGAAGAAACAGAACCAGAAUAUGUCUCUUAUAAAUCACUGAAUAAAGUUAUUUAUUUAAAUGAAGAAACCAUGGAUUGUAAUUAUUCAGAGUCAACAGAAACCCCAAAGAAAAAUAAAAUUUUAAGUCAAGAUUUAACAAGCCCCGAAUUAUUCAAAAGCGACGACGAGGAUGAUGUUAAACCAGUGUCCAAAAAUUUCAAACGAAUAUUAUCACAACCAACAGUUACUAAAAUAAUACCCCGUAAAUUAACUCAAGACGAGUUAAUAAUUCAAUCCGACAGUUAUUUACUUACGAGAACGAAUAAAUUUUUAACAGGAGUCCCGCCGCCUCCAAAAUUAACGAUCUGUCAAAGCGACUGUACUGAUUUUCUAAGUCAUAUACGUAAAAAUCGUAAGUAUUUUUGGGUGGAUCCCUUUAACAAAGACGAUGAAAAAAUAUUAUCUAGCGAUGAAGUAGCUACGAAUACAACUACAACAUCUACUGGUACCACUACUACUACUACGACUGAUGAUACUGAUAGCACAAUUUUUUCUGCAAAGUCUGAUUUAAAAAAAAUAAUAAGUAACGAAUCAAAUGAAAGAAUUUCAUUGUCACGUUCACGUAGUUUAAGAAAUUUAACAAAUGCCUUUGAUGCCUGUGAUCAAUCAAACAGUUCAGCCUCUGUAAUACGUACAGAAAUAUCUAAUGACAGUGCUGUAACUGAUUGUUGUAGUAAUACCCAUACAAAUAAUACAAAUACAAGCAUGGAAACAUUUAAUGAACGGGUUAAUAAUAGUAGUAAUUGUAAUAUUAAUGUUAAUAAUAAUAAUAAUAAUAAUAAUAAUAAUAAUAAUAAUAAUAAUAAUAACAAUAAUUUAAAUGAAAGUGAAUUAAGUAAUUUAUCAAGUAUUACAGCAAGUAUCGCUUCUAUUAGUACAACAGAAGCUACAGUUAAAGACAACGUAAAACACGUCACCUUUGAUAUACCCCAAGAUGAAGAACACCUCGGAAUUUUCCGUACCAUUGAUGAUAAACAAGCAAAGUCUUUACCCUGGCCGAUUAUUUUUAAACACAAAGCACCUGGGAUUCAUUACAAUAGAAAUAAAUUUAUUGAGGAAUUUGAAAAUUUGUCGACGAAAUUAUGCGAGAGGUACGUCGGGAAUGAAACACAAUCAACUUGCACCAUUUGGUUCACUAAACAAGCACCUGGUAGUGCUAAAAAACGGAUGCUGUUGGGCAAACGUGGAAUUGGUCAGAGUCCGGGUAAAAGAUUGAGUCAUUUAGCGAGACGUCGUAAGACAUUUUCAAGUGCCAAUUUGCAGGGAAUGGCUGAAAAGAAGCAAAUUGUCCUUAAUGUUAAAAAACCAAUCAUUAAAAAGGGAAAGAGCCCGCGAGGUAAGAGCCCACGUGGUAAAAGUCCGCGGGGAAAAAGCCCGCGCAAUUCGGCAAAGAAGCGGUUGAGUAGAAAAUUGUUGUUAGAGGGACCUAGUCCCAGGAAAACAAAACUAGAAACGUCGAAACGCGCGUUAUUUCAAAGCCCGACUAAUGAUCGUGCUGGACCAAGUAAAUCUGCGCAGAUGGGCAUAAGUAAUCCGCAAAAAAUAAAACGCGCGUUGUUUCCAACUCCACAGAAGAAAGAAGGCAUGCCAAGUAAUGUGGAGGAAGUUACUAAGAAAAGAAAGAGUGAUGAAGAGCUUGAAGCUCCAAGAGUCAAGUGGCCGAAGAGUUUGUCAUUUGACUGCACGUACAACAACUUGGAUAGUUCGCGAGAGUCUUGGAGUAGCGAUAGAUAUUCAAGUAGUAAUGUACAUAUGAAGAGUGAAACUAUGUCACAACCUGUUAAAGUUGGGCUCAGUGAUAAUAAUAAAAAAAAAUUACUGUGGGCAGUCUAUCAAGCUCUGCAGUCUAGAGGCAUAAACAUGGAGCAUCCAAAAUUUAAACAAUACGCCAAUCAGCUUGCGAGAACUGUAAGAAAAUAUAUGCCUGAUUUGGAAAAUCAUAAUAUUCCACGUAAACCAGGCAGUACUUGCGAUCGUAUGCUAAAGUUAGCGAAUAUUCACGUUCUUCUUGUUGUCGAAGCUAAGUGCGAUUAGAUAGCCAAUCUAAGUUGUUAUGAUGUUAAAUAAUAGUUAUGACUAUGAUUAAAUAAGUUUCUUUGUUCCUAUUUUACUUAUAUAAAUAAUUAAUAAUAUAUUUACAUUAUUGGUCAAGUUAAUUUUUAAACUGUGGCGAAUAUUUCGCUAUUCUCCAUGUUUUUGACCAUACGAAAGACUUUUAUCAGGGAUACUGUUUUUUUUUUUUUAACUAACAUUAAUUCUUUUAAUACAUUUAAAUAAUAUAAAUAAUUACCGUUACUGUCGUUUAAAAAUUAUUUUUAUUAUCGAUAAAAUAGUAAAUUAAAUUGUAUAAUAUAAAAAUGGCAUCUUGGAAAAAAAUAAAAAAUUUUUUAUGAUUAAUUUAUUGGUAUUUAUUUUUUUUAUCCCUUUAAAUUUAACGAUAUAUUUAUUUGCUCAUAAUGCUGAGGGUUUCAAAAUUACCAUUAAGAAUUUAUUGACAUUUAUUAUAUUAGAAGAUACACAAGCAACAUCUUAUAGAUGUCAAAAGUAAGAGUCUUGACAUCUAUAAGAUGUUUUUAGGCUGUUUUUUGAGAUAUCGAUAAGGCACCAAAAUGAUGACAAGAGAUCAGAAAUUUAUGUCACCGAAAAAAUGUCUGUUUAAAAAACUUUACACGUGACAACAAAAAGUUUAUAACAAAUCAUUGUCAAUUAGGUCAUUCAAAGGUUUUUGUAAUUGAAAUGACUUUUUUAAGACAGUAAAAGAAGAAAAAUUUCUUGUGACUUCUAGGACCAAUAUCUUAAGGGUAGUUAAUGCUUUUAGCCACUUUAGGGCCGGUUUUGAACACUUGAAAAAUUUGAAUAAAGUAAUUUGUAAAAGACGCAAUGUCAUAAUUAAGUUUUAAAAAGUGUAAACAGAUAUUUAUAUCACACUACUGCUAUGGAAAUUUUAUUUAAAACUUUAUCAUUAAUUAAAAUAAAGUAUUAAAUGUCCAAAAAUGACGCAGUGGCCACCAAUGAAACCUCUACUCUAUGUCUUCUUUAUAUAAAAAAAAAACUUGGCUUUAAGACAAAAAAAAGUCUUGGGUAAUUGUAAAAUCGCAUUGGUUUGAAAUUGUCUUGUUUUGACUGACUCUAACUCAGUUUAAAAUAAUAUUCAAAAUUAUGAUACUAAAAGUACCAGACAAUAAAAAAUUUCUUUCAAAUGAACAACCAAAAUACUUAAGCGCAGAACUUUUGAAAAUUGUGUAUCAUAAAUUUUAAAAAAUAUCUCUGCGUAUUUGAAAAAUUUAAUUUUACUUAUAAGUAAUUUAUAAAAAUAAAAAAAUUGCUUGACGUUUGCUACUUUCCUAUCAUGAAAAAUUGAUUAAUUCUGACGCGGAUAAAUUCAACGAGCAUAAAAAAAAGACGUCAAAUAUAUUGUUUUUUUAGGUCAAUAUCUACAAUUCAAUUAACAUUUUAUUAAUCUAUAAUAAUCAAUGACUAAUAUAGCUAAUGAUUUUUUUAAUAUCAAAGACAAUAAAUCCUCAUUGAUUUUACUGGCUAUGAAAAAUUGAUACGAUCGAAAACUGAGUGUAUUUAUUUAGCGAUGAUCAACUACAAUUUUAAAAUAUUAAAUAGUUUUAAUUAAACUGUCAUUUUUUAAAAUAAUUAUUUUAUUUUUUCACCCAACAAUUUUUCAAACUAAGAGCAUUCUCAGACAGUGCCCUUCACUUUUUAAAAAUAUCAAAUGAUCUUGAACUUUCAUAAGAGUAUUAAAAUUUUAUGAAAUAAUUUCAAAUAAAUUAGAAAUCAAUUUGGUUUAACUCCAAAUCGAUAUCAACUGUAAAUUAUUUUUUAAAAAAUCUAUGUCUCGGCGAAAUCGCAACUAUGUUGCCCUUUUUUCAAUUAAUGCCUCAACUUUUAUUUUUAAUUAAUUAUCAAAAUUUUAAUAGUCAUUGAAUAUUUUAAAUACUUGAAUUGUUAUCAUUUUUUUUUUUACUACUAAUUAUAUUUAGCAUGGCUAAAAAUUUAUUCCAAAUUGGAGUGAAUGCGGAUUUAAAUAAAAUCCGUGAUUACUCCGGAUUGACUCCCGUUUUUUUACAGUAUAUGUCUUUGGACUUUGAAAAUUUUUAGCUAUAAAAUAAAUAUACAAAACAAUUGUCAAAAAAAAUUAUACGUCUUUUGGCUUUAGGAAAUUUCCUAAAAUCAAAUGCGUUAAAUAUAAGUACUUUUGGAAUUACUGACGUGAUAUAUUUUAUAAUAGACAAAAAAAAAAAAUAGUAUAAGUGUAAUUUUUAAUUGUAAUCGAAUGAAAGACAUUAAAAAAAAAAAUUUCAGAUAACCGUUAUCUUGUUGGUGUAUUAGUAAAAAAAAAAAAUAAUUAUUUUCCAAAGUAUAAAAGCAAAUUACUACCAAAAAGUCUAGUAAAAAUAAUUGUUUAUUUACAAUCCAAGCCAGCGUUUGAAACGACAGUAAAAUAGUGCUGAAAUUAAUUAUUAUUUUAUGAAUAUCGAAGAUGUUAAAAUUGUUAAUUAUUUCAAUAACUAUACAAAUUUUUUUAUUACCACAUACGGUGCAAUCAGGCAAUGAAUCUCCACUACAACCACGGUGUAGAAUUUAUAAAUACAAAAGAUAUGAAGUUCGUAAAGACGUUAUAAAAAACAUUAACAGCAAUAAAAGAAUGAGUGAACUAUCGUUAACUGGAACUCAUGAGUCGAUGUCUUAUAAGAUAACUGAUUUAAAAUUUCAAACACAAGAUUUAAAUAUUACUGAGCAAUUACUUUCCGGUGUGCGUUUUCUUGAUGUUAGCGUACGUUUCGUAAAUACAAAAUUAAAAAUUUUCACACGUUUAAAUGAUCUCAAUCACACACUUGAUGAUUUAUUUAAUGAAGUCAAUACUUUUAUUGAUAAAAAUGAUAAGGAAUUAGUUAUUAUUAAUUUAAAGUAUGAUGACGUCAAGGAAGACGAUAGAUCACGCAUAUUUUCAAAUCAUCUUCACAACUGUGAAAUAUUUGAGCAUGAUUAUCCGCGACUAAUUAGACAGUGGAUACUCUUUGAAGCUAUUGGAAAUUAUCGCGGUAAAAUUUUAUUAUCAACUACUGAAAUCAUGUUUUCUCAGUGCAUGUUCUUCAUUGAAAAUAAUUGUUUAUUAUCAAAUAAAAUUAGUGUAGAUAAUAUUGGUAGUGACUUUGAUAAUUAUCCAUUAGUUAAUUAUAAAUGGCUAAAAUAUAAAAUUUUGUCAAAGGAUGUUAUUUAUGAUAAUUACGCAUGUUACAUGUACGAUUUAAGUGUUUAUGAUAAUAAUAUACUUUUUUCACGUGGGUUUACUCAAGACGGUGGUUAUUAUAAUUACAGUGGUACAUGUAUUGAACCUAUUAAUUAUAGAAUUGCUCAUCAAUAUUCAGGUACUCGCCACUUAACUAUGACAAUUAUUCUAGUUGAUUAUGUAACACAAGAAAUUAUUGAUGUAGUUAAUAGUUUUAAUUAAAUUUACUUGUAAUUAAAUUUUGAGUUUCAAUGUCUAAUGCUAGUGGCGAAAAUUCAGUUGCAGAGUAAUGAGAUUUUGCGAUUUCAAAAGGACUGUAAAAGUCACGUUUCUGACGGAAGUUAUAACUUUGUUGGUAUUGCAUCUAUUUAUAAUAAGCGUCAAAAUAAUUGUCAUUGUAAAUUUAAAUAGUAAAUUGUCUAAUUUCGACAGGCUCCAAAAAUUUAAAUUCGGCUCUAUUACAGGUAAUUAUAAAAAAAAAGUCCGGCUUAACCCAGAAUAGAAAGGUAGAUUUCUUAUUUAAAUAUAAAAAUUAUAUUUUAAUUUAAAUAACAAUUUCAAUUAAAGAAAACUAAAAAAAAAAAAAAUUAGUAAUUUAGUUAUUUUUUUUUUAAUUUUGGAAAACAAACUUAGAAAAAUUUUUAAAAAAACAAGUAAUGAAGUGAAAAUUAAAGAUAAUCGAACUCUGAUACAUUUUACAGAAUUUAGUUAUCGCUUUCAGUUCGAAUUUUACCCGCGAAAAAUGAAAACUUUUUUCAUUUACUUUGAAUAUAAAAAAAAAAAGAAUUAACGUAUUUGAGUCCCCAAAAAUUAUAAUUUUUUAAGUACCCCGUUUUGCCCCUCCCGAUCCUAUAAGUAAACUUUUGAACGGAUGGUAUUUUUUGACUCUACUAGAAAAAUAAGACAUGGCUGCAAAAUUCCCAUUGCAAGUCCGAUUUUUAAAGAAAUCUACUAGAAAAUUAGUUAGUCAACAUCAUCGUCGUCUGAAAUCAUAGUUUCAUUCCUCGCCACAGAAUACAUUACUUUUGUUUAAUAAUAAUUAUAAUUUAUAUUAUAAACUUAGAAUUAAAUAAUAAAUAUUAAUAGUUAUUAAAGAUCUAGACUAGCAAGUUAAAAAUAUGUAUAAUAUAAAAAAUAUUUAUAUAUAUAAUUUUGUUAAUUAUUAUGAGAUAUUAAUUUAAUAAAUUGGUAUAAAGAAAUA